CGGACGUGACGUCGUGACGCCGAAAUCUCGCGUGAUGAGACUUGGAGGCGGUGAGAUUUCUGUCAGACGGGAGGCUGGGAGGCUGCAGUGACAGCUCCGCGGGAGGGCUGAAUCCUGCGCAGAGAGAUGAGUAACAGCCACCCUUUGCACCCCUCCUCCUCCUCCAUCGGGGAGAUUGACCACGUGCACAUUUUAUCGGAGAACGUGGGAGCGCUGAUCAACGGCGAGGAGUACAGCGAUGUCACAUUUGUGGUAGAGAAGAAGCGGUUUCCUGCGCACCGGGUGAUUCUGGCUGCGAGGUGCCAGUAUUUCAGAGCUCUGCUGUACGGGGGCAUGAGGGAAUCCCAGCCUGAGGCAGAAAUAAGCUUGGAAGACACUACGCCUGAGGCCUUCUCCAUGCUGAUAAAGUACAUCUACACCGGGCGCGCCACCCUGCGAGACGAGAGGGAAGAGGUGCUGCUCGACUUCCUUAGCCUGGCCCAUAAGUACGGCUUCCCAGAGCUGGAAGACUCCACGUCCGAGUACCUGUGCACCAUCCUCAAGAUCCAGAACGUGUGCAUGAUCUACGACGUGGCCAGUCUGUACUCUCUGUGCAAACUCACUGGUACCUGCUGUCUCUUCAUGGACAGAAACGCACAGGAAGUACUUUCCAGCGAUGGCUUCCUGGCGCUCUCCCGGGGGGCGCUCUUGGACAUCGUACAGCGAGACUCCUUUGCUGCACCAGAGAAGGACAUCUUCCAGGCCUUGAUGCGCUGGUGUAGGCACAACUUAAAGGAGAUCCACAGCGAGAUCAUGGCGGCGGUGCGCUUGCCCCUGAUGAGUCUGACAGAGCUGCUCAAUGUAGUCCGGCCCUCCGGGCUGCUCUCCCCAGACGCCAUCUUGGAUGCCAUAAAAGUGCGCUCGGAAAGCAGGGACAUGGAUCUGAAUUACCGGGGGAUGCUGAUUCCUGAGGAAAAUCUCGCCACCAUGAAGUACGGAGCGCAGGUGGUUAAGGGAGAGCUCAGAGCAGCGCUUCUAGAUGGCGACACGCAGAACUACGACCUAGAUCAUGGCUUUUCCCGGCACCCAAUAGAGGACGACUGUCGCUCUGGGAUCCAAGUUAAACUGGGGCAGCCCUCCAUCAUUAAUCACAUUCGCCUCCUGCUCUGGGACCGCGAUAGCCGAUCCUACUCGUAUUACAUUGAGGUAUCAAUGGACGAACUGGACUGGAUCAGAGUCAUUGAUCACUCGCAGGUUCUGUGCAGGUCGUGGCAGAAGCUUUAUUUCCCAGCGCGAGUCUGCAGGUACAUCCGAAUUGUGGGGACACACAACACCGUCAACAAGGUGUUCCACCUGGUGGCCUUCGAGUGCCUGUACACCCAGCGCAGCUUCACCCUGGAGAACGGAUUGAUAGUUCCCACAGAGAACGUUGCCACCAUCUCGGAGUGCGCCAGCGUGAUCGAGGGUGUGAGCCGCAGCCGCAACGCUUUGCUGAAUGGAGACACGAGGAAUUACGACUGGGAUUCCGGCUACACUUGUCACCAGCUGGGCAGUGGCGCCAUUGUGGUUCAGCUUGCCCAGCCCUUUAUGAUUGGUUCCAUCAGGUUAUUAUUAUGGGAUUGUGACGACCGCAGUUACAGUUACUACAUCGAGGUUUCCACUAACCAGCAGCAAUGGACCAUGGUGGCCGACCGGACAAAGGUCCCGUGCAGAUCCUGGCAGACAAUCACAUUUGACAGGCAGCCCACGUGUUUCAUUAGGAUUGUGGGGACACACAACACAGCCAAUGAGGUUUUCCACUGCGUUCACUUCGAGUGCCCGGCCCAGAAUGUGCCCCAUAAAGAGGAGAACAGCGAAGACUCCCUCCCCAGCGACCAGAGCCUUUCUGCCCAACUGGCAUCAUCCAAUGGCAUGCGGGCAACCAAUCCCAGCCAAUCACUGACUGAGCCCAGUGCCCACAGCCUGGCCCAACAGAAGUGACCAAACCAGCGCCAGGAACCCCCAAGCAACACCAUGUUCCCCUGAGUCUCCCCGUCAUGUACUUUCAUGUUACAACCACUGGUCCCACUUGGCUUUGCCCCGCCCACUCAACUGUCGCCCCGCCCACUCAGCUGUCUCCUGGAAUGGCAUCUCUAGAAUAUCUGGUUUAGGGGCAUCUCCGGGUCUGACGUAUGUACCCUGCCCCAACGCCCAUGUUACGUGAGGAGCGGGCCUGGCCCCAAGCUGGGCAGACUGGCACCCCAGAACCGAUUGCCACGAUGGCGGCACAUUUUCGUUGGACCCGCCUGUUGGAUCAGAGUGAGGGGUUUGCUGUUCCGAUUCCGUUUUACUGUGGUUCUAACGUCACUGUGUGACUUGCAGUUCUGCUCUUUACCUCAUGGGGGCACCACCUGCAACGAUAAACAUGGGGCGCUGUUACUGAGAGGAUACAGGGGGCAUUACAUGCCCAGGAAUGCACUGAGUGCCCACGUGGCACCCAACAUGUGUGGGAGCUUCAGCUCUGUGUCCGUGUUGCCCAUAUUACAUGUAGUGGUUGCCAUUUGGUGCUACAUAGUAGCCCACCAAGCCCCCCAGGUGCACCCCACCAGCGUAUGGGGAACUGCCAGGGCACUGUAUCUAGACUGAAGGAGUUUGUGCCCGUUUCCUGGGCGUCACCAACUGCACGAGGCAGUGAUUGGUCCAACUGGGAAACAGCAGGAGUGGGGGCUUUGCAGCAGGAAAAGGCAAAUAAUGGAACCCAAUGGAUCUACUUGCCCCCUGUAGGGGCAUUUUCCUCUCUAGUUGGCACGGGGCACCUCCCUUAUGACCGGGGCAUGUAGUGGGGGAGAAUUUGGACAUGUUCUUAUGCCAAGUUGCUCUCUUGGGUGUUUCAUGCCAACCCUGAGUGGGGGGGCCAAGAGCCUAAUGCCCCCAAUGAGGUGACUCCAUAUAGAAAGGGUCCGGCGCAACAUUCAGUAUCCCAGUGACUGAGCCGCGUCUGUACUUCCCUGUAGCGCCACGGCUACUGACCCCCACGUGUGGGGGGCUCAUUGUACAGCCCCCGUAUUUUGCACUUUGCCCCUCCCUCUGUUGUAAUUGAACCCUCUGGGCUCUUCAUAAAUACGAAGGAAAUCUGAGCCUUUAUCAUCGGACUCUCUGUCAGCAGCGAAUAUCUCGGUGCCGCCGCGUCCGAGCCGCCAUAUUGUUACUCAUGUUGUACAUAGGACUCCCUGCAUUCAAGCUCCCAGGGGAUGAUGGGAAAAGCCUUGUAGUUAAACAGCAGCCGGGGGGCAAUAUUACCUGCACUAUUUAAUCUACUAAAGGGUAAGAAGUAGUUGAGAGUUGUUCUGGGAGUUGUAGUUCAUUAUUAGGAGCCUCAACGCCCCCCCAAUUAAGUAAAUUCAAUCCCCCCCAGAACUAAGAGGCGGAGCUCCGAUUCUCUGCACUUCCUGGUUGUUCUCUUUCCCAUGGUCAGUCGUGGGCGGGGCUCAGUCUCAACCAGGAUGGUAGCGGCAUUAUAACAUUAUGUUCUGCUUCAGCGCCCAGUGCUCCAAUAUGGCUGGGGGUCUUGUCACGUGACCCGGGCCCAGAGAUAGUCGGCCAGUAUAUGGUUAAAUGUUCUAUAAGCUAAUGGGGCUUAAACCCCUGAACCCUAUUGCAGUGCCGAAUUGCCCCGUGCAGAAUGUGAGGGUCCCAUGUACUUCCACAAGUGAUUGGUUUGACCUUAAAGGGCCAGUAACACCAGGAAUUAAAUGGCGCUAAAUGCGUCCGUUCGCACUUCUGCAGAUCUGCCGCCAUUUUUGGGGGUUCGGGCGAACCCCCGAAUCCAUCCCAAUGGAUUCGGCCAAAUACUGAACCGAAUCCACAGCGCGCAGCAAUUUUUUUUCCCCCCUAACAUUCAACCCUUCCAAAUCCUAAUUAGCAUAUGCUAAUUUAUGCUAAUUUGGUUUUGGUUCGGCCAGAAUCCUGGAUUCGGUGCAUCGCUAAUUUCUAUAAAGUGUGAUAUUUGUAUGAGGAAAUCCCUGUACUGUUGCUUGUAGGGCUUUUAGAAAUGAAUAUGAACCCUCUAGGCUUCCAUUGGAGACAGGGCGGGGCUUUGUACAAAGAUGGCUGAACACAGCAGAGCUGAAAAUCACUAUAAAAACCAGGCUUUCUGCUUAAAGGAAGCAAUUUUAUAUGGAUCCGUUCAUUUCUGGUGUUACUGGCCCUUUAAUAACUGGGCCCCAAUAGGUCUAUAUAUUGGCAGAUGGGGGGGCGGCCAACAGAUGCACAGAGGCAGCAGUUCUAUGUCACGGCGGCCAUUGCUUAAGAUAGAAGGUGUUGCUGGUAUUUCUGUGUGCCCCCCUACCCCGGGGCCACCCCACCUGUUAUCAGGGGGCACAUAUUCAGCUGGAAUAACAACAAGGCACCUCCAUCUCGGGCUGACGUGGGGGGGGGGGUCCCUGCUCUCUGCAGAGUAGAUUCUCUCCAUUAGCCGAGCCGCCAGUUAGUGCGCAGACCGGCCUUUGGGGGUCAAGCUCAUUGAGUGAAUUCUCUCCAUUAGCUGAGCCGCCAGUUAGUGCGCAGACCGGCCUUUGGGGGUCAAGCUCAUUGUGGAACCGAUCUAAGGGCUUUUAUUGGGUGUUAUUGGAUAUUGCGUGCACUUAGAGCUUCCCCUCGUUGCUAUGGGGCAGAACCUGUCUGUACAACCGGGGGCCCCAGUUAUGGGCCCCCAUUAUAAUCUUCUACAAGCACUUUAUAUGGAAAUGAACUUGUGUAUAAGCUAAAGGAAUGAAGUAGCUACGUGUUAGUGUCCAACUCUCCAACGGUCUUCCUCAUACCAUCCCUGAACGUUCUAUUGGAGAUGUCUCUCGGCCAGUGGUGCCGCCAUUGCGCCAGAAUUCCCAUCAUCUGAUUUAUGGUGGAAUUUUAGAUACUUUGUUAGAAGGUGGUCAAUGAGCUUCUAUCGUAGCCGACAGUUGGACGACCUUCCCAUCAACAGAUGAACUAAGGCUCAGUGCCAGCGGGAGAGUUGGGCAGAGACGGGUUUUGUAUAACUGCCAACAUUCUAUAUACAAAGUUCUCUGCACCCCCUUCUCUUGCCAGUUGCACGGCUGGAGUUGCCCAUCCUAUGGGUUGUAUGAGGCUAUUAAGGUGCCAUCAGCUAUAACUGGGCCAGUGGGCAACUCAGAUCAGAUUCUGUAGUAGAGUUGCCAUUUCAUGUCUUGGAUGACCAAUCUUGGGGAGUCACGCCCAACUGGAGGACUCGGACACCAUUUUAGCCAGUGUUGACUUGCAGAUCUCUUGGCAUCUUAAUGGGGUAAUUACUUGAGAAAUUACUUUCCUGUUUUCCCAGCAAGGUAAGAUGGUUCCUGCUGACACAACCCCACCACCCCCCGGGCCCAGAGCCCAAACCAGAGAAUGUUGCCAGUAAAGGGGCAAUGAUAGCGCGAGGGACUGGAUUUAUUAUCUGUAGGUCUGACCGUAGUUUAGUUGUGUGAUGUCCAUUGCAUGGAACUACCAGCGGCACAAUUGCACUAUGUCACGACCCUCCUCCCCUGUCCCGGGCACAGUCUCUGGCAUGGACCUCGUGCUUCAGACCUGUGUGAGGUUUUACAUUGGAAAUUAAAUCAUUCCAGAUUCAGGGCUUUGCGAUUUUAUGGUUCAGCAUCUGGAACCUUUGAGACAUUUAGAGUUCCUGAGUAGCAGUCCAUCUGCAGUGUCUGUAACUGUAGCGCCAUUAAGGGAUCUGUAGGCCCUGUGGCUCUUUAAAGAUCUGCAACCUCUUUGGUUGUCAUCUCUUUGAGGCUAUUGAACUUUUUUGGCUUGUCAUCUCUUUGAGGGAUCUGCAACCUCUGUGGCUGCCCAGCUCUUUAAGAGAUCUACCUCUAUCGUUAUACAUGUCUUUGAGGGACCUCAAACCAUCCCAUCCCAUGAGGGAUCUGCAAUCUCUGUGGUUGUCCAUCUCUUUGAGAGAUUUUCUACUUCAGUGGUUGUCCAUCUCUUUGAGGGAUCUGCAAUCUCUGUGGUUGUCGAUCUUCUUGAGAGAUCUUCUACUUCUCUGGUUGUCCAUCACUUUGAACUAUCCCAUCCCAUCCCAUGAGGGAUCUGCAAUCUCUGUGGUUGCACAUCUCUUUGAGAGAUCUUCAACCUGUUUGUCCAUCUCUUUGAGGGAUCUGCAAUCUCUGUGGUUGCCAAUCUCUUUGAGAGAUCUUCAACCUGUUUGUCCAUCUCUUUGAGGGAUCUGCAGCAGUCUCUGUGGCUGUCCAUCUCUUUGAGAGAUUUUCUACUUCGGUAGUUGUCCAUCUCUUUGAGGGAUCUGCAGUCUCUGUGGUUGUCGAUCUUCUUGAGAGAGCUUCUACUUCUGUGGUUGUCCAUCAGUUUGAGGGAUCUGCAAUUUCUGUGGUUGUCCAUCACUUUGAACCAUCUCAUGAGGGAUCUACAGUCUCUGUGGUUGUCUAUCCCUGAGGGAUCUGCAAACUCUGUGGUUGUCCAUGCCUGAGGGAUCUGCAAACUCGGUGGUUGUCCAUCCCUGAGGGAUCUGCAAACUCUGUGGUUGUCCAUCCCUGAGGGAUCUGCAGUCUCUGUGGUUGUCCAUCUCUUUUAGAGAUCUUCAACCUGUUUGUCCAUCUCUUUGAUGGAUCUGCAAUCUUUGUGGUUGUCCAUCCCUGAGGGAUCUGCAGUCUCUGUGGUUGUCAGUCUCUUUGAUAGAUCUUCAACUUCUUUAGUUGGCCAUGCGUUCUGCAAUCGCUUUGGUUGCCCAUCUCUUUGAAAGAUCUUCAGCCUCUGUGAUUGUCCAUCUCUUUGAGGGAUCUGCAAUCAAUAUCUAUAUCCGUUUUACUGAUUUUAAUAAAUUGCAGUGGCUUUCACUCUCUAGGUUGACGGUAAGUGUCUUUGAGGGUAUUUAAGGUCAGUAUCUCAGGCCAUUUGCUAUAUUCUUGCCCCUUUGAUGACAAUAAUCCUACAUGAACUGUGUUGAGUUUUGUGGUGAGUGAAGUCUGUUCCGACGGUGCAGGACUUUCUUCAUAAAAGCUUAAAUAAUAAAUAUGGUACUAGUGUAUGAUUGGCAGACAGGGUAUUUUUGUAACAUAGGACUAAGGGCGAUGGCAACGUAGCCUGUCUGGAUGUUCCGUAGCUCCACUAGUGGGCGACAGAUGGUUGGGAUAACUUAUGGGUCAUCACUUGAAAGCACAACUUAUUGGGUGUUUGAGUGGCGAUCAUCUGACCUGCAUCGGGGAAGGAAAAUAAAGUGACUCCUGUUGCUCCGUCGCCCCCUGGUGGAGCUGAUAAACACCCCGGGCUCAUCUAGACUCUCUGUAUGUGCCAUUGGUCCUACACAGUCUGUCAACCGAGCAGUUUCAGAUUCCAGGGAAAUCUUGGGUCAGGAAUCUGAGCUCUUCAUAGAAGCACUCGGGGUCAGGGUGGACCUUGGGCGACUCUGGACAUUUUUGAGUUGAGAAGCUUCUCCCUGUCUAUUGAACCUCACACCAGCUCUUCAUUGCAUUUCCCUAUGGACCCCGGAGUCGCCGUUGUUCUUCGACGCGGAUGGAGUUUUCUCUCCCACUGUUUUGAGUUCCGCAGAUAAACGCUCAGAGGAGAAGCGAAACGCGUUGUGUAUUUAUUUCCAUGUUGCAGAACUGUCACAUGACUAAUAUAUUUGCAGAUAUUUAAAGUACGCACAUUUGUAAAGCCGGUGAUGUGAUUUUGCAAAUAAAGUUGUUUUGUGUUUCUAACUUUC